AUGGCUAGUGAGCCUCCGGUAGCAGGGGAAACUAGUAAACCGGCAGAAGAUAAAGAGAAAAAGGCAGAGAUUGAGACACAGAUUGAGACCCCCCUACGCCUUCGUACAUCCCUGCAGGGUGUGCAGGUUUCGGCAGUACCGGCCGCCAGCAGCACUGCCCAGCGGCCACCAGCCACCACCAGCACCACCGAUAGCCCACAGAAGACCCCAUCCCGCAAAAGACCUCAGCUCCGCCACCACCCGCAACCUACAGCACGCCGCUCGGAGCCCGUUGCUGCCCAUAGCACGCCGCCCGCCACUGCUUCAGCUCCACCGCCGUCGGGACCCCUGGACCCCGCCACUGCCGUUGCUUCUGGCACCACCCUCUAG